AGCGGCGGCCCAAGAUGGCGGAGCUGCAGCUGGACCCGGCAAUGGCGGGGCUGGGAGGGGGUGGCGGGAGUGUGGUGGGCGAUGGGGGCGGCUCGGGCCGGGGACCUCCCAGCCCACGCCCUGCCGGCCCCACACCCCGGGGACACGGCCGUCAGCCUGCUGCCGUCGCGCAGACACUGGAGCCCGGCCCCGGACCUCCGGAGCGGACGGGGGGCGGCGGGGCAGCCCGCUGGGUCCGUCUCAACGUGGGCGGUACCUACUUCGUGACCACCAGACAGACCCUAGGCCGGGAGCCCAAGUCCUUCCUCUGCCGCCUGUGCUGCCAGGAGGACCCGGAGCUGGACUCGGACAAGGAUGAGACUGGAGCGUAUCUGAUUGACAGAGACCCUACCUACUUUGGUCCUAUCCUAAACUACCUCCGCCAUGGAAAACUCAUCAUUACCAAGGAGUUGGCAGAAGAAGGUGUGCUGGAAGAAGCAGAGUUUUACAAUAUCGCGUCUCUCGUGCGGCUGGUUAAGGAAAGGAUACGGGACAACGAGAACAGAACUUCACAAGGCCCCGUGAAGCACGUGUACCGAGUCCUCCAGUGUCAAGAGGAAGAGCUCACUCAGAUGGUCUCCACCAUGUCUGAUGGCUGGAAAUUUGAACAGUUAAUCAGCAUUGGCUCCUCCUAUAACUAUGGAAACGAAGACCAGGCAGAAUUCCUCUGUGUUGUCUCCAGAGAACUAAAUAAUUCUACCAAUGGCAUCGUCAUAGAGCCAAGCGAAAAGGCCAAGAUUCUUCAGGAGAGAGGCUCUCGAAUGUAAACAGAGAAUCAGAAGUUUUGGAUCCCUGAAGGACGAGAGCAAUCAGCCAAGCAGCUGCGACGGGCGGCCCUGCACCUGUACAGUAACUGAGCCACUGCAAAGAACAGCUGCGCCUGGCCCCGAGAAGCGGCGUCCGGCCACACUGGAGGAGCCCCCCGCCUGGACGAAGACAGUGCGCCUCUGGCCUCAUGGCCCCUUUUCAGAAACCUGCUCCUGUUUCCUAGCCAGUGCUAGAGCAGACCUCACAACAGCCUCUGGGUCGGGUCCCUGGCUGGAGCCUUGUGGGGAGCUGGGGGAAAGGGAGGAAGGUCUAGCUCCCUGGAACAGUCUAGAUGCUAAAAGCCGGAGCAGAGGAAGAAGGCUGUCCGGAGCCGAGCCCUGGUCUCAGCCUGCCGGUGCCAUGAUGGACAUCAGCAGCUGCAUGGACUGUUCUUCCCUGACUAGGCUUCUUUGAGGUUGGCAGGGAUUCCGUGUUAGUGUGUUGGACCGAGGGUUUGGUACAGAAUAAAGCGGCCAAAGGACCACAAUCCCAUGACCAGGGCCUCAGAGGCAGGAGGAUAAGGUGUCCUGGCUGUGGUUGGAGCAUGGGAGUUGCUGUUCCCAUUGCCUUGAGUGGCAUCACCCGGUGUCUCUCACAGCCGGGCCCCUCAUAGCCCACCCUCACCCAGGAGGUUUGAGGCUGCGGCGUCCUCAGCCGUGCUAGAUGGACAGCAGCACUAAGCAGUUGGUGUGAUUGCUUCUGCAGCCUUUUCUUACCUGGUCGACCCCGUCUUCCUCCCCCAGCUUCUUGGACUGGACCAAAGAGAAAGGACUUUGUGGACCCUCUGUGAUGGCUUGGGGUGAGGAAGGCUAUUUCUAUGGACGCUGCCAAAUGUCUCAUGUUGUCAUAGCUAAAAGUGGUGGUGUUUUUGUGAUUGUCUCUUGAACUGCACUGACUGCUAGGUGA